GCGGCGGCGGCUGCAGAAGAGGAGAGGGAGCAGCGGCCCCAGCGGCUUGGGGAGGACAUGCGGACCGACGGCCCCAGGAGAGGCGGAAGGAGUGGAGGUUCCGGUGCCCUGACCUCAGUGCUGGUUGUCCAAGAGUGACUGGUGUGAGCAAGCAAAGACCUGGUAGAUUGUCCUGGGCUGUGGCUGGCCGUGGUGCUGGAGCUCUGGAUGGCCCCUGAACCAGCCCCAGGGAGGACGAUGGUGCCCCUUGUGCCUGCACUUGUGAUGCUUGGUUUGGUGGCAGGCGCCCAUGGCGACAGCAAACCUGUCUUCAUUAAGGUCCCUGAGGACCAGACUGGGCUGUCGGGAGGGGUGGCCUCCUUCGUGUGCCAAGCCACAGGGGAACCUAAGCCUCGUAUCACAUGGAUGAAGAAGGGGAAGAAAGUCAGCUCCCAGCGCUUCGAGGUCAUUGAGUUUGAUGAUGGGGCAGGGUCCGUGCUGCGGAUCCAGCCUUUACGGGUGCAGCGAGAUGAAGCCAUCUAUGAGUGCACGGCCACCAACAGUCUGGGAGAGAUCAACACCAGUGCCAAGCUCUCAGUGCUGGAAGAGGACCAGCUGCCCUCUGGAUUCCCCUCCAUCGACAUGGGGCCUCAGCUGAAGGUGGUGGAGAAAGCGCGCACGGCCACCAUGCUGUGCGCGGCAGGCGGGAAUCCGGACCCGGAGAUCUCUUGGUUCAAGGACUUCCUCCCUGUGGAUCCCACCACAAGCAACGGUCGCAUCAAGCAGCUGCGUUCAGGUGGUUCACCAAUUAGAGGUGCCUUGCAGAUUGAGAGCAGCGAGGAGUCGGACCAAGGCAAGUACGAGUGUGUGGCGACCAACUCUGCAGGCACACGCUACUCGGCCCCCGCCAACCUCUAUGUGCGAGUGCGCCGCGUGGCUCCUCGUUUCUCCAUCCCUCCCACCAGCCAGGAGGUGAUGCCGGGCGGCAGCGUGAACCUGACGUGCGUCGCCGUGGGUGCCCCCAUGCCCUACGUGAAGUGGAUGGUGGGGGCCGAGGAACUGACCAAGGAGGACGAGAUGCCGGUUGGCCGCAACGUGCUGGAGCUCAGCAAUGUCGUGCGUUCCGCCAACUACACCUGCGUGGCCAUCUCCUCGCUGGGUAUGAUUGAGGCCACGGCCCAGGUCACAGUGAAAGCUUUGCCGAAGCCUCCAAUUGACCUUGUGGUGACCGAGACGACCGCCACCAGCGUCACCCUAACCUGGGACUCUGGGAACUCAGAGCCUGUGUCCUACUAUGGCAUUCAGUACCGUGCGUCGGGCACUGAAGGCCCCUUCCAGGAGGUGGAUGGUGUGGCCACCACUCGCUACAGCAUUGGCGGCCUCAGCCCUUUCUCGGAGUAUGCCUUCCGUGUGCUGGCUGUGAACAGCAUUGGGCGAGGGCCCCCCAGUGAGGCCGUGCGGGCGCGGACCGGGGAGCAGGCGCCCUCCAGCCCGCCGCGCCGCGUGCAGGCACGCAUGCUGAGUGCCAGCACCAUGCUGGUGCAGUGGGAGCCACCGGAGGAGCCCAACGGCCUCGUGCGGGGCUACCGCGUCUACUACACUCCCGAUUCCCGCCGCCCCCUGAGUGCCUGGCAUAAGCACAACACAGACGCGGGGCUCCUCACCACUGUGGGCAGCCUGCUGCCAGGCAUCACCUACAGCCUGCGCGUGCUGGCCUUCACCGCCGUGGGCGACGGCCCCCACAGCCCCACCAUCCAGGUCAAGACACAGCAGGGAGUGCCUGCCCAGCCCGCGGACUUCCAGGCCGAGGCAGAGUCCGACACCAGGGUUCAGCUCUCGUGGCUGCUGCCCCCGCAGGAGCGGAUCAUCAAGUAUGAGCUGGUGUACUGGGCAGCAGAGGAUGAAGGCCAGCAGCACAAGGUGACCUUCGAUCCUACCUCCUCCUACACCCUAGAGGACUUGAAGCCCGACACGCUGUACCACUUCCAGCUGGCUGCCCGCUCUGAGAUGGGGGUGGGCGUCUUCACCCCUACCGUUGAGGCCCGCACGGCACAGUCCAUGCCCAGUGGGCCGCCGCGGAAGGUGGAGGUGGAGCCACUGAACUCCACGGCCGUGCACGUGUCCUGGAAGCUGCCUGUCCCCAGCAAGCAGCACGGCCAGAUCCGAGGCUACCAGGUCACCUACGUGCGGCUGGAGAACGGCGAGCCCCGUGGCCCACCCAUCAUCCAGGAUGUCAUGCUGGCUGAGGCCCAGGAAACCACCAUCAGCGGCCUGACCCCGGACACCACCUACUCCGUUACUGUUGCUGCCUAUACCACCAAAGGAGAUGGUGCCCGAAGCAAGCCCAAAAUUGUCAUGACGACGGGGGCAGUCCCAGGCCGGCCCACCAUGAUGGUCAGCACCACAGCAAUGAACACCGCCCUGCUCCAGUGGCACCCACCCAAGGAGCUGCCUGGUGAGCUGCUGGGCUACCGGCUGCAGUACCACCGGGCUGACGAGACAAGGCCCAACACCAUAGAUUUUGGCAAGGAUGACCAGCACUUUACAGUCACUGGCCUGCACAAAGGGGCCACCUACAUCUUUCGGCUGGCUGCCAAGAACCGGGCCGGCCUAGGUGAGGAGUUCAAGAAAGAGAUCACGACCCCCGAGGGCGUACCCAGCGGCUUCCCACAAAACUUGCGCGUAGUAGGGCUGACUACCUCUACCACGGAACUGACCUGGGACCCCCCGGUGCUGGCGGAACGCAAUGGGCACAUCACCAACUACACCGUGGUAUACCACGACAUCAACAGCCAGCAGGAGCUGCAGAACACCAUUGCCACCACCCACCUUACUCUCUCCGGCCUCACGCCAGACACCACUUACGACAUCAAGGUCCGUGCAUAUACCAGCAAAGGUGCCGGCCCGCUGAGCCCCAGCAUCCAGUCUCGGACCAUGCCCAUGGAGCAAGUGUUUGCCAAGAACUUCCGUGUGGCAGCUGCAAUGAAGACGUCUGUGCUGCUCAGCUGGGAGGUUCCUGACUCAUACAAGUCCGCUGUGCCCUUCAAGAUUCUGUACAACGGGCAGAGCGUGGAGGUGGAUGGGCACUCGAUGCGGAAGCUGAUCGAAGACCUGCAGCCAAACACGGAGUACUCGUUCGUGCUGAUGAACCGGGGCAGCAGCGCUGGGGGCCUGCAGCACCUCGUGUCCAUCCGCACGGCCCCUGACCUCCUGCCACACAAGCCGCUGCCUGCCUCUGCCUACAUGGAGGAUGGCCGCUUCACCCUCUCCAUGCCCCAUGUGCAGGACCCCUCACUCGUCAGGUGGUUCUACGUUGUGGUGGUGCCCAUUGACCGCGUGGGCGGGAGCAUGCUGCCGCCGCGGUGGAGCACACCCGAGGAGCUGCAGCUGGACGAGCUCCUGGAGGCCAUCGAGCAGGGCAGCAGGGAGCGGCGGCGGCGGCGGCAGACAGAGCGGCUUAAGCCUUACGUGGCCGCACAGGUGGACGUGCUCCCCGAGACCUUCACCCUGGGGGACAAGAAGAGCUACCAGGGCUUCUACAACCGGCCUCUGUCCCCGGACCUGAGCUACCAGUGCUUUGUGCUCGCCUCCCUGAAGGAGCCCGUGGACCAGAAGCGCUAUGCCGCCAGCCCCUACUCCGAUGAGAUUGUGGUCCAGGUGGUACCAGCCCAGCAGCAAGAGGAGCCUGAGAUGCUGUGGGUGACAGGCCCUGUCCUGGCAGUCAUCCUCAUCAUCCUCAUUGUCAUCGCCAUCCUCCUGUUCAAGAGGAAAAGGACCCAUUCCCCAUCGUCCAAGGACGAGCAGUCGAUCGGGCUAAAGGACUCUUUGCUGGCCCACUCCUCCGACCCUGUGGAGAUGCGGAGGCUCAACUACCAGACCCCAGGUAUGCGAGACCACCCACCCAUCCCCAUCACUGACCUGGCGGACAACAUUGAGCGCCUCAAAGCCAACGAUGGCCUCAAGUUCUCCCAGGAGUAUGAGUCCAUUGACCCUGGACAGCAGUUCACGUGGGAGAAUUCAAACCUGGAGGUAAACAAGCCCAAGAACCGCUACGCAAAUGUCAUUGCCUACGACCACUCUCGUGUCAUCCUUACCUCCAUUGAUGGCGUUCCGGGCAGUGACUAUAUCAAUGCCAACUACAUUGAUGGCUACCGCAAGCAGAAUGCCUACAUUGCCACGCAGGGCCCACUGCCUGAGACCAUGGGCGAUUUCUGGCGGAUGGUGUGGGAACAGCGCACAGCCACUGUGGUCAUGAUGACUCGGCUGGAAGAGAAGUCCCGGGUGAAGUGUGAUCAGUACUGGCCAGUCCGUGGCACUGAAACCUACGGCCUCAUUCAAGUGACUCUGCUGGACACGGUGGAGCUGGCCACGUACACUGUGCGCACCUUUGCACUCCACAAGAGUGGCUCCAGUGAGAAGCGGGAGCUGCGUCAGUUCCAGUUUAUGGCCUGGCCCGACCAUGGGGUUCCUGAGUACCCGACCCCCAUCCUGGCCUUCCUGCGGCGGGUCAAGGCCUGCAACCCGCUAGACGCAGGGCCCAUGGUGGUGCACUGCAGCGCGGGCGUGGGCCGCACGGGCUGCUUCAUCGUGAUCGACGCCAUGCUGGAGCGCAUGAAGCACGAGAAGACGGUGGACAUCUACGGCCACGUGACGUGCAUGCGCUCGCAGCGCAACUACAUGGUGCAGACAGAGGACCAGUACGUGUUCAUCCACGAGGCACUGCUGGAGGCCGCCACGUGCGGGCACACGGAGGUGCCUGCCCGCAGCCUGUACGCCCACAUCCAGAAGCUGGGCCAAGUGCCUCCUGGGGAGAGUGUGACCGCCAUGGAGCUCGAGUUCAAGUUGCUGGCCAGCUCCAAGGCCCACACAUCCCGCUUCAUCAGUGCCAACCUUCCCUGUAACAAGUUCAAGAACCGCCUGGUGAACAUCAUGCCCUACGAGUUGACCCGUGUGUGUCUGCAGCCCAUCCGGGGUGUGGAGGGCUCCGACUACAUCAAUGCCAGCUUCCUGGAUGGUUACAGACAGCAGAAGGCCUACAUAGCCACACAGGGGCCUCUGGCAGAGAGCACCGAGGACUUCUGGCGCAUGCUCUGGGAGCACAACUCCACCAUCAUCGUCAUGCUGACCAGGCUUCGGGAGAUGGGCAGGGAGAAGUGCCACCAGUACUGGCCGGCAGAGCGCUCUGCUCGCUACCAGUACUUUGUUGUUGACCCGAUGGCUGAGUACAACAUGCCACAGUAUAUCCUGCGUGAGUUCAAGGUCACGGACGCCCGGGAUGGGCAGUCGAGGACAAUCCGGCAAUUCCAGUUCACAGACUGGCCAGAGCAGGGUGUGCCCAAGACAGGGGAGGGCUUCAUUGACUUCAUUGGGCAGGUGCACAAGACCAAGGAGCAGUUUGGGCAGGAUGGGCCCAUCACGGUGCACUGCAGUGCUGGUGUGGGCCGCACCGGGGUGUUCAUCACUCUGAGCAUAGUCCUGGAGCGAAUGCGCUAUGAGGGCGUGGUGGACAUGUUCCAGACCGUGAAGACCCUGCGCACACAGCGCCCAGCCAUGGUGCAGACAGAGGACCAGUACCAGCUGUGCUACCGCGCAGCCUUGGAGUACCUCGGCAGCUUUGACCACUAUGCAACGUAACUACCGCCCCCUCUCCUUCGCCGCCCCUGCCUUGGGGCUCCGGAGGGGACCCAGCUCCUCUGAGCCAUACCGACCAUCGUCCAGCCCUCCUGCACGGAUGCCGUUGCUGGCAGAGCACAGCCCACUGGGAUCACAGCGUUUCAGGAACAUUGCCACACCCAACAGAGAGCCCAGAAUCCCCCCGGCAACUGGGUGAGCCGGCAGGCAGGCGCUGCGGCCCAUCUACCCACCAGGCCCGCCCGGAGCCCACUCCACACUCUGUUCUGCUGUCGCAUUUCUCAUGCUUCUUCUCAUGGGGUGGGGAUGGGGCAAAGCCUCCUUUUUAUACAUUAAGUGGAGUAGACUGAGGGAUUCUAGCCUCCUCCCUCUGCUUUUCCUUUUGCAAAUUCUUAAACUGCAGAAUGGGCUGCUGUGGGGGUUGGGGUGUAGUCUGUUUUUUUAGUUCACUUGGAUCCUUUUUUGUAUAACUUUCACUGCUGGAGGAUGGACAUGCCUUCCCGUGUGUGGAUCUGGGGCGCCAGCCUAAGCGGGGGCCUCACGGGGCCGCUGCUCUUCCAGGCCCUCAGACAAGAUCCUGUUUCAGCCAAAUGCAGGGAACACUUUUUUUUUUUCUAAGUUUCGUUUUGUUUUUCCUUAAGAGCCUUAUUUUAGGCCCCACAGACAGUGGUGGGCGGGAGGAGAGAGGAAACACUCAGCCCAGUGUCUAUUCCAGUGUGUGUUUAACAUUCACAGCCCAGAACCACAGCCGUGUCUGGGGGAGCCUGGCAAGGUGUUCCUCAUCACCAUCGUGUUUGCAAAGGUUAAAAAAAGCAACAACAAAAAACAAAAACAAACAAUCCAAAAAAAGAAAAAAAAGAAAAAAAAAGUCAUUUCCUGGCCUCUGCUUCAAACCCCUGAGAGGGGAGGCGGUUCCGUGCACCUGGGGCUCCCCGGGGAACUGCCAGGCUGACCUCUGGACCCACAGAGGCUGGCUGUUGUCCCCAGCUGGUGGUGUGGCGGUGGGUGUGGCCGUGUGGCUGAGGCAGUCGGCAAAGGUCAGGGUGUGUGCCACACCCUGCACACCUCAGGGCCAAGCAGGGGCACGGCUGGCCCUUCAGGUCUGGGCCAGUGGGCCCGGUAGCACAUGUCUGUUCUCAGAGAAGGGGCCAGAUGAUGUUCCUCCCUGGUUUGCAGCUAUUUUCAAAGCCCAUGAGAAUUGCUCUUUCCCACUCUUUCAAGAUGCCCUUAUAAACCAAUGUGGCAAGACUACUGGACUUCUCUCAAUGGUACUAUAAUCAAUCCUUACAAUCUUGGCUUGCUGAGGGGCAGGGAGAGGGCCUCUUCCUCUGGGCAGCACUAUCUAGGUAGGUAAGUGGGGGCGGGGAAGGGUGCAUAGCUGUUUUAGCCGAGGGGCGUGAGGCAGACGUCCCAAGAUCUAGCUAGGCUCGUCAAGAUCAACAAUCCAGGGUUGGUAACAUUUGGAUGCGACAUUCAUUUUUACCUUGUGGAUGCUAGUGCUGUAGAGUUCACUGUUGUACACAGUCUGUUUUCUAUUUGUUAAGAAAACUACAGCAUCAUUGCAUAAUUCUUGAUGGUAAUAAAUUUGAAUAAUCAGAUUUCUUACAAA